AUGGUCUGUUCCCCGUCUGCUUGCAGCAGUGAGGCACGUGCCGCAGCCUCCUUCUCCUCAGCAGGCAGUCCAUCUCCUAUGUGCCCUCGAACAAAUGCGGCUACGAGAUCCCCUUACUAUUUCUCACCUUCUUUGGAUCUUGACUGGGCAGCUGCAGAUGCAUCAGCAUUCAACGACGAAUCAACCCCCGCCGGCAAGUUUGUCCUGCGGCUCUGUGCUGAAGCGGAGGCAAGGAGUCAUGAGGAUCUCAAGAAAAUCUGCAAAGAUUCAAAGGCUGGAUCCCGUGCAAAGGGAGAAGGGGCCGUCAGGCGUACCGCGCAUGCAGCGCCUCACGGCACUUCAUCCGGAGCGUCUCCUCCCGCCAACACAGCGCUUUCCGCAACAGCAACAGCAGCACUUGCUCCUGCUCCUGCUGGCGCGGCGUCUCAUGAACUGUCUGGUCCUGCUCAGCUCCCUGUUCAGCGCUUCACCCCUGACGGAGGCGCUGCAGAAGACGCACUUGCUCCCGCGAAGCUGUCUCCCGCCAACGCCGCGCACUUGUAUGCUGAGGGGAUGUCAACAAGGACGUUGCUUCAACCACGAGAUGCCUCUGGAGGAUCCGACGCAGCUUCUGCUCCGGCACUGACAGAAGGGGUAGACGUCUCCGCAGAGGCCUCUGAUGCUGGCUCCGAGAUGGCAUUGCAACAAACGACCAACGCGGAGCCUUCGAGUGCUCAUCUUGAUGCCCAUGCCGCUGCAGCCUUGGGGGCCCCUCGGGGGCCCCUACAGGCACCCUGGAGCAGAGAAGGUUCCCUCCUCGGUGGUCAGGGUAGGCUACGCACUGCUGCGUUCGCAGCUUCUGGGAGUCUCUUGAUAGCCUGCGGACGAGUGCUCUUGUGA